CAAAUGGCAUCUUCGGCGCCUUCCUCCUCCUCCUCCUCUUCCAACCCGGGACCGGACUCCAACCCUACCAACCUGCGUCCUACAACUUAUGACACCUGGUGCGGGGUGGCCCAUGGAUGCACCAGAAAACUGGGACUCAAGAUUUGCGGUUUCUUACAAAGGACCAACAGCCUGGAGGAGAAGAGUCGGAUUGUGAGUGCCUUCAAGGAAAGGCAGUCCUCAAAGAAUUUAAUAUCAUGUGAGAACAGUGAGCGGGAGGCACGGUUCCGCCGAACUGAGACUGACUUCUCCAACCUAUUUGCCAGAGACCUGCUUCCAGCCAAGAAUGGGGAAGAGCAAACUGUGCAGUUCCUUUUGGAGGUGGUGGAUAUACUCCUCAACUAUGUGAGGAAGACAUUUGACAGAUCAACCAAGGUGUUGGACUUCCACCACCCACACCAGUUGCUGGAGGGAAUGGAGGGCUUCAACCUAGAGCUAUCUGACCACCCUGAGUCCUUGGAGCAGAUUCUCGUGGACUGCAGAGAUACUCUGAAGUAUGGAGUUCGAACAGGUCAUCCUCGAUUUUUCAACCAACUUUCUACUGGCCUGGAUAUUAUUGGCUUAGCUGGUGAGUGGCUGACGUCAACUGCCAAUACCAAUAUGUUUACAUAUGAAAUUGCCCCAGUGUUUGUCCUCAUGGAGCAAAUAACCCUUAGGAAGAUGCGAGAGAUUAUUGGAUGGUCAAAUAAAGAUGGCGAUGGCAUAUUUUCUCCAGGGGGCGCCAUAUCCAAUAUGUACAGCAUCAUGGCUGCUCGAUAUAAGUACUUCCCAGAAGUCAAAACCAAAGGCAUGGCUGCUGUUCCCAAACUGGUCCUCUUUACCUCAGAACAUAGUCACUAUUCGAUAAAGAAGGCGGGGGCUGCACUUGGCUUUGGAACAGAAAAUGUGAUUCUAAUAAAAUGCAAUGAAAGGGGGAAAAUCAUCCCAGCUGAUUUGGAGGCAAAAAUUCUUGAAGCCAAGAAAAAGGGUCAUGUUCCUCUUUAUGUCAACGCAACUGCAGGCACAACUGUAUAUGGAGCUUUUGAUCCAAUUGCUGAGAUUGCAGAUAUAUGUCACAAAUAUAACCUUUGGUUGCAUGUUGAUGCUGCCUGGGGAGGAGGUCUCCUCAUGUCCCGGAAGCACCGUCACAAGCUCAAUGGCAUAGAAAGAGCCAACUCAGUUACCUGGAACCCUCACAAGAUGAUGGGCGUUCUGUUGCAAUGCUCUGCCAUUCUCAUUCGGGAAAAGGGCAUACUCCAAGGAUGCAAUCAGAUGUGUGCUGGGUACCUAUUCCAACAAGAUAAGCAGUAUGACAUUUCCUAUGACACUGGAGACAAGGCCAUACAGUGCGGCCGCCACGUGGACAUUUUCAAGUUUUGGUUGAUGUGGAAAGCUAAGGGCACAGUGGGAUUUGAAAAUCAGGUCAACAAGUGCCUGGAUUUGGCAGAGUAUCUCUAUGCCAAAAUUAAAAACAGAGAAGAAUUUGAAAUGGUUUUUGAUGGUGAGCCUGAACACACAAAUGUUUGCUUCUGGUACAUUCCACAAAGCCUCAGGGGCAUCCCGGACAGUGAUGAGAGACGAGAAAAACUUCACAAGGUGGCACCGAAGAUCAAAGCUCUGAUGAUGGAAUCUGGUACAACCAUGGUUGGAUAUCAGCCUCAGGGAGACAAAGCCAACUUCUUCCGAAUGGUUAUCUCAAAUCCAGCAGCCACCAAGUCUGACAUUGACUUCCUUAUUGAGGAAAUAGAAAGAUUGGGGCAGGAUCUGUAA